UUAUUAGGGAUGCGACAAGAUUCGGACUCGUGCUCGGAUUCGGCCCGAGCCUUUGAUGAUUUUACCGAGUCCGUGACGUCAUACGUCACGCGAUAGUCAAUCGCAGACUGAAGGCGCUUUCGACGAGAAAUUCAAUAUUUUCGUUCUGUUUUGCCACGAGACUGUCCAGCCGGUUUUCUCUCACUAUUUCUCUCUUUUAUCCAACUAUCUAACAGGGGGCUUGCCUAAGUGAAAUUAAAAGAUUGCGUCAAAUGUGAAAUUCACAACAACGUAAGGCGUUUAACGAACUAAAAAGUAUGCCUCGUUGACAGCGAAAAUCCGCCUGACGGUGUUUGGUGAAUAUUUUGCCAAGUCCUAUUUCGAACAUCUACUGAUCAUCGACCAUUAAUCCGUAGUCAGCGAGUACUCACAUUUAUAAAUAAAAAUUGCGUUGAUUUUUGACAGAAGUGCAACUCGGAAAUGUCCGUGGCGUUAUAAUCAUUUACACGCUCGCAUUCAGCGCCGAUCAAAUGCAUGAAUUAUGAAACUAUUACUUAAUGUUAAUCUGAGUCGAUUUUUUUUAUCGUAAUUUAAUCAGUAUUUACAUAUGCCAUCAUUAUUGGUGGGUUAAAUCGACUUAUUCGAUUUACGAAUACCGGAAUGUGAAAUAUUGUCAAAACUAUUUUUGAAAUGUUCUAUAAGACUGAAAACUCGGUAAUAACAUGGCGUUUUUAUUUCAUAAUUUUGUCAUAAUCGCUGAUUAUUUUUUGUCACCGCUAUCGUUUCGGCGGCCGACGUUCCAGUUAAUGCUGGUAAACUAAAUUUAAGGCACUUUGUUAUUAACAAAUAAAUAUUGAUUCUCACGCCACGGCGUAAAACGUUGUUUGGUUUUUAUAUUUCGGACAUAAAUGUGAGUUCACAUCGGCGAAAAUGUUAAAGAUCUAUUAAGGAGUGAAUACACAACACAAAUUAAUUUUCUUUUCUAUCUUCUGUGUAGGAUUUGAUCCUCCAUAUCACAAUUUGUAAAUUAAGAUCCCAAUUUUAAGCGAACAAUAUUAUCAUUACUGUCUCCGGGAUGUGAUAUAUGACUUUUUUAUGCUUUUAAUUUUAUAUCGUCUCCGUGUUAUUUUUGUAAUAUAAUAAUAAUUGAACACUGAGAAUUCACGCAACUCAGCUUUGGGUUAAAACAGUUAUACUAAAUACUUAAAUAAAUCGGCAAUUAUGGCAUUCCUUAGUGAUCAAAAUAAUAUUUUUCCCUAAAAUAUUGGAUUUCCAUGGAUUAUUUACUAAUCUGUUACGCUGUUUCUAAAUUAAAAAAGCGGUGUUUACCAGCUUUAUGAAAAAUUUGAAAUUGAAAAGAUAUGAUAGUCGCAGAAAGAAAACAGAAAAACAACAACACAAGAUUUGUCACCUUCGUCGUUUCCGUCUGUUAGCGAGAGCGAUAUUCUGCAUUAUGGAAAAUUAUACCAAAAUCAUAGAAUCCACCAAGGUUGUCUUUAAUGAACACUUUUCAUCGGGACUCGAUUUGGAAAAGCAUUUUCAUGAUGAAAAUCAUUAUGGCACAGGAGAUUUAAACCAAUAUCCAUCUGAUAACGAUGUGGGAACUAGUCAGCAUACCAACACCGGCGAUAAUUGUGGAAAGGGUUGUUUACUAAGUGGUGAUGAAGAGAACUCUGAUGUUCAUGCACAAAGUAGAAAAAGUGGUUUGGCUGUUCCAACUGGAAAAUCCGAUAAGUUACAAACCAACAGGGGAGAUAAACUAUAUGUUUGCCAACAAUAUGAGGAGAACCUAAAAUGGAAGAGAAAUUUAAGUGUGCAUAUGAGAUCUCAUACUUGGGAGAAACCCCAUGUUCAUGAACAAUGUGGAAAGAGUUUUUCACUAUUAUCUCAUUUACAUAGGCAUGAGAGAACUCAUACUAAAGAGAAACCUUAUGUUUGUGAACUAUGUGGAAAGAGUUUUUCGCAAUUAUCUCAUUUACAUAGGCAUGAGAGAACUCAUACUAAAGAGAAACCUUAUGUUUGUGAAUUAUGUGGAAAGAGUUUUUUGCAAUUAUCUCAUUUACAUAGGCAUGAGCGAAGUCAUACAGGUGACAAGCCUUAUAUUUGUAAACAAUGUGGAAAAAGUUUUUCACAUUCAUCUACUUUACAUGUGCAUGAUCGAACUCAUACUGGUGAGAAACCUUUUGUUUGUAAACAAUGUGGAAAGAGUUUUUCACAAAUAUCUAAUCUACAUGUGCAUGAACAAACUCAUACUGGAAAAAAACCAUAUGUUUGUAAACAAUGUGGGAAAGGUUUUUCACAAUUAUCCAGUUUACAUAGGCAUGAACGAACUCAUACUGGAUUGAAACCCCAUGUUUGUAAACAAUGUGGGAAAGGUUUUUCACAUUUAUCUAAUUUACAUGGGCAUGAACGAACUCAUACUGGAGAGAAACCAUAUGUUUGUAAACAAUGUGGGAAAGGUUUUUCACGAUUAUCCAGUUUACAUGUGCAUAAACGAACUCAUACUGGAGAGAAACCUCAUGUUUGUAAACAAUGUGGGAAAGGUUUUUCACAUUUAUCUAAUUUACAUGUGCAUGAACGAACUCAUACUGGAGAGAAACCAUAUGUUUGUAAACAAUGUGGGAAAGGUUUUUCACGAUUAUCCAGUUUACAUGUGCAUGAACGAACUCAUAAUGGAGAGAAACCCCAUGUUUGUAAACAAUGCGGGAAGAGUUUUUCACAAUCAUCCAGUUUACGUGUGCAUGAAAGAACUCAUACUGGAAAGAAACCUUAUGUUUGUAAACAAUGUGGAGAAAGGUUUUUCACAAUUAUCCAGUUUACAUGUGCAUGAACGAACUCAUAAUGGAGAGAAACCAUAUGUUUGUAAACAAUGUGGAAAGAGUUUUUCGCAAUUAUCUAUUUUACAUGGGCAUGAACGAACUCAUAAUGGAAAGAAACCUUAUGUUUGUAAACAAUGCGGGAAGAGUUUUUCACAAU